UUUUGAGUGUAAAAACUAACUAACAAGCCCACAAACAACAGAAACAGAUUGCUAAACAACAAUCAAAAGUUGAAAUUCUUAGUAAUAAGUACUAAAUUUUCCCAAAAAACAUCUCAUUAUCACCUCACUUUGUCUUUCAUUUCCCACAUUCUUCUAAGUUUCUUCUUAGUAUUUAGUAGCUUCACACUCUUUCGUUCCAUUCAUUCAUUCUGCCAAUUCCCCAAUUCUCCAAUUGAAACCCACCCCACAAAAUGAAUUCUUCUUCAUUCUCAUGUAAAACAGUGAAAAUGGUUGUUGCUAUUGUAAUUCUGCUUCAAUUCUUCAUUUCAAUGGAGAUUGUAGUGUCAUCACCAUCAUUCUUUGACAGAGUUAUACAACUUCCAGGUCAACCUCCUGUAAACUUUCAGCAAUAUUCAGGUUAUGUCACUUUAGAUGAAAAGAAACAGAGGGCAUUGUUUUAUUACUUUGUUGAAGCAGAAUUCAAUCCAGCUUCCAAACCUUUAGUUCUCUGGUUAAAUGGAGGUCCUGGUUGUUCUUCUCUUGGAGUUGGAGCAUUCUCUGAGAAUGGACCUUUUAGGCCUAAUGGAAAUGUGCUUGUGAGAAAUGAGUAUAGUUGGAACAAAGAAGCAAACAUGUUAUAUUUGGAAACACCGGUUGGAGUUGGGUUUUCUUAUACUGCUGAGACUACUUCAGAGGAUGAUGAUACUGCCACCAUUGGUGAUAAGAUUACAGCUAGAGACAAUCUUGUGUUUCUGCAACGCUGGUUUCUCAAGUUUCCACAGUACAAGCAUAGAGAUUUGUUCAUUACAGGAGAAAGCUAUGCCGGCCAUUACAUUCCGCAACUAGCCGAGCUCAUGAUUCAGUUCAACAAGAAGGAGAAGUUGUUCAAUCUCAAAGGAAUAGCAGUAAGUAGUGAAAUUUUGUUGUUCUAUGCUAAAUUCAUUUGGUCUCAUGGAUUGAUAUCUGAUUCUACAUAUAAUCUUUUUACUUCAGCUUGUAAUUACUCAAGAUAUGUGAGUGAGUACUACAGAGGCUAUGUUUCACCUGUUUGUUCAAGGGUUAUGAGUCAAGUUACCAAAGAAACAAGUAGAUUCGUCGACAAAUACGAUGUUACACUCGAUGUUUGUAUAUCAUCAAUACUCUCACAAUCCAAAGUUAUCACUCCCCAAUCACUUACGAAGAAGAUAGAUGUCUGCCUAGAUGAUGAAACAACGAAUUAUUUGAACCGCAAAGAUGUUCAGUUCGCAUUCCAUGCUCGUCUCGUAGGAGUCAAUAAAUGGACUGUUUGCAGCAACAUACUGGAUUACGAGUUGCUUGAUUUAGAGAUACCUACAAUCUCCAUUGUUGGUUCAAUUGUCAAGGCAGGAAUACCUGUUCUGGUUUACAGUGGAGAUCAAGAUUCUGUUAUCCCAUUGACCGGAAGCCGGACAUUAGUCCAUGGACUUGCCAAGAAACUAGGACUCGAUGUCACUGCGCCUUACAGAGUUUGGUUUGAAGGUCAACAGGUUGGUGGAUGGACUCAAGUGUAUGGUGACAUCUUGUCAUUUGCAACCAUAAGAGGGGCUUCACAUGAAGCUCCAUUCUCACAGCCAGAGAGAUCACUUGUUGUGUUCAAGUCAUUUUUGGAAGGCAGGCCUCUGCCAGAAGUCUUUGUUUAGCUCUACUUACCACUACAGGUGAUACAAUAGGAAGGAAAAUAGCUAGAUUGAGUUGUAAAUAAUGUUCGUCGGUAUAGCAUGAUUGCGAGCCUGAAAAAAGAGUUAGUGAAGAAAGAUACGGCAAUUGACAUGCAUGCCCGUAAUCUGCGUGCAAAGGCCGAGCUAUUCCAAACUUACAGGGAAGCUUUAAAGCAAACAGAAUGAGCAUUCUGUGAAUAUAGAAAAUCUCACCCAGACCCGAUGAACAACUACAUGAGGAUGUCCCAGGGCCUGGUGUUUUAGUUCCUAAUGAUGAACCAAUUCAUAAAAUUGCGUACUCUUGUUUCUCAUUUGAAACUCGGUACUCUGGCAUAUUCAAUGUGAGACUAAUCCUUAUGUCUUGGUCGAGCCAAUCUUCCCUAACACAGUGUUCAUGAUAAAUUAUGCGGCAUUUUGAUUUUGUCUAAUCGUAUUUGUGACAUGAGGUAGUACUUAUUCCUG